CGGCAACAAUAUGGGGAGGUAACUACCAAAAUGUUGAGGAUAUUUCCCAAAGCAUAACCUGGAAUCCACAAGAAAGAUAGCUAUAGGCUAGUUCAGUUCGGCUGUCCUAUAGUAUACCCGCAUAGGUAUGCAGUAUAAGGCCGGCACUGCAGUCCAUCGCAAACUCCAACCUCAGAACACCACAUGUACCGUCGCACAAGAUGGGCUGGAUUGGCAGUGCUAUCAUCGUCCUUGUAGGGAGCCUUCUCUACCUAACAAACCGGUUCCCGAAUCUACGCAUAUCUCGGUUUCCCUACAAAUGGGACACAAAGGCACCAGCUAUGGCGAUGACAGAAACAACCCCACAAUCCACACGUCUUCAGACCCAACCAACCCGGCCAAUGCGAAUCAUCGUCGCAAUGACAGGCGCAACGGGGGCAAUCCUAGGCAUCCGCCUCCUCGAACGCCUGCGAGAAAUGAACGUCGAAACGCACCUAGUCAUCAGCCGCUGGGCGGUCGAGACAAUCAAAUACGAAACCAAGUAUACAGCGAACGACGUGCGCGCCCUCGCUACCCGAACCUACCCGGUGAAUGAUGCCGCCGCAGCCAUCUCGAGCGGCUCGUUUCAGGCUGACGGGAUGAUCAUCGUGCCGUGCAGUAUGAGGACGCUGAGCGCGGUGCGGACGGGGUUCGCCGAUGACUUGAUCUGCAGAGCAGCCGAUGUAACGUUGAAGGAGAGGAGGAAACUUGUAUUGGUCGUGAGGGAGACGCCGCUCAGUGGCAUUCAUUUGGAGAAUAUGUUAGAUCUAACCCGUUAUGGAGCGGUGAUCUUUCCGCCCAUGCCUGCGUUUUAUACGAUGCCGCAGAGCGUGGAUGAUAUCGUUACGCAGAGUGUGGGCAGGAUGUUGGAUAUGUUUGGCUUGGAUGCUGGGAAUUUCGAACGGUGGGAUGGGUUUUGAUCACAUUUUACUAGCAGUUACUUGGUGUUUUUAUAGAGGUUAUCUUGUGUGACUGUCCGUUGGUGGGGUGUGCAUUUAUUAAUCUACAGCAAUCAGUGAUCAUAUAGCACUAGUCCUUCC